AUGAACUUCAAUUUAAAAGCAGCUGGAACUCUGUUUUCCCGAGCUAAACAGUUUACAGAAGAAAAACUUGGACAAGUCGUUGAUCGAACUGAAUACGAUGAUAACUUUGAACAAUUAUUAGCACGAGCUGAUAGAACAAAAGCAUGGACAGAACGAUUAACAUCACAUGUUGAUACAGUUCUUCAACCAAAUCCAAAUGAACGUCUUGAAAGUUUUAUCUUAACAAAACUUGAUCAAAAGGCUUUGAAUAAACCAAAUAUUUAUGAACAACUCGGUUAUUGUAUGUGCGAAGCAGGAAAUGAUUUUGGUCCAUCAACGCAGUAUGGCUCAGCAUUAAUCAAAUGUGGUCAAUGUCAUCAAAAACUAGGUCUUGCUCAUAAAGAAUUUAUUCAAUCAGCAGCUAUUGGUUUUAUGCAACCAUUAAAAAGUUUUCUUGAUGGUGAAAUGAAAUCAUUAACAAAAGAACGUCGUACAUUGGAAAUAAAACGUCUUGAUCUUGAUGCCGCAAGGUCCAAACAGAAAAAAGCAAAAAUGACGAAUAGUAAUGUCCCAAUGGCAAUGGCAGAUAGUUCAGAUACGGAAUUACGUCAAGCACAAACAGAAUUUGAUCGUCAAUUAGAAAUAACACGUCUAAUGCUCGAUGGUUUAAAUAAUUCUCAUGGACAUCAUUUACGUUGUUUAAAUGAUUUAGUUGAAUCGGAAUUACAAUAUCAUCGACAAUCUGUUCAAGUACUUGAAGAUUUACGUAAACAACUUGGUCUAUCAAAAUCAACAUCAAAUUCGUCGACUAUCCCAUCAACACCUCGUACUGUAGCAACACCACGCACUGCAACUGUUAAAUUUGAUUAUGAUGCAUCGGAUAUUAACGAAUUAAGUGUUUUGGCAAAAGAAACCGUAAAUAUUGUUUUAGAUGAUAAUGAAAAACUUUCUGAUGAUGCCGAAUGGAUAACAAUAGAAAAACCAUAUUCAAAAGAACGAGGACGCGUACCACGAGGAUAUUUACGUAUUGAUUCUUUAUCUUCUUGA